AAGAGAAGGAAAUGAAGGAAAGGAAGAAGCCAGAGUGGGGCUGUGUAUUUGUUUUUGUGAGUGAAAAUCAGUGACCUCCAUUCUAUGUUUUUUUUCCAGCCCAGCCGACCAUGACAUUCCCGUGAGAGAGACAAAAGAGUAAUAUUAACAUAACAAUAUUAGUGACCAUUAGAGCUCUCUCUCUCUCUUUCUCACUUAUCCUACGCACCUUUCUUCUAGCUGUCUUUUUAUCCGACACCCCACCACCAGGAACCAAAAACCAGUAGACCUGACAGUACAUGGCAUUUGCAAUUUUGUGUGGGAUUUAACCUAAAGCCAACCUAGUGAUGACCGUUAAUGUACGUUGGACAGAAUUCUACUGAAAUUUCUGAAGGACCCCCCCACUGUACCUGAUGCUGUUUUAUCAGUUCUUGGCCUCAUUGUUUUGGCUUGAUCUGCUUGGAUUUGGGUUUUUCUUGAUGAGUAACCAAUGUCCAUUUCAGUUAAUUUCUUAUUUAUUGCCAGGAAAAGUAUCUUCUUUUUGAGCAGCUGGUGUUAUUCCAAUUACAUGUGGGAUUUAUGUAAAGGUUAGGCUGUUAAACGUAGUUUGGUUUUUUUGUUGAAGAAUCCCAUCAAUGUGGUCUUGUUUGGAGAGUUUGGAUGGAUGUAUGUGAAUCAGAGCAACGAUUUCACAAGCUUGCUGCCGUGGAUACCACAAGACCACCCCUUGUUCCUGCUGAAAAGAAUAAUGCACCGCUCACUACCCGACGUCCUCGAACAAGGGAAGUUAGUUCGAGGUAUAAAUCACCCACUCCAUCAACACCUUCCGGUCCCAGGCGUUGCCCAUCUCCAAACCUCACUAGAACAACCCCUACACCUUCCCAGUUGGUGCAAAAGAGAGCUGUAUCAGCUGAGAGGAAGCGGCCCUCAACACCACCUUCACCUCGAAGUCCAUCUACUCCAGUUCAUGAUUCAUCAAUAGCUAUGCAGAUAUCAUCUAGAAGGCUAUCAACUGGCCGUAUACCAGAAAGUUUAUGGCCUUCUACUAUGAGAAGUCUUAGUGUUUCAUUUCAGUCUGAUACUAUUUCUAUUCCUGUUAGUAAAAAGGAAAAGGAAAAACCAGUGAGUAAUGUUUCCUUGGACCGCACUUUAAGACCUUCUUCAAAUAUGGCUCAUAAACAACAGUCAGAGUCAUCUACCUUAUCACAGAAGCCCACUCCAGAGAGAAAGAGAAGUCCUCUUAAAGGGAAAAAUGCACCUGAUCAGUCUGAAAAUGCAAAACCAGUUGAUGGUUUGCCUAGCCGAUUGAUAGAUCAGCAUCGAUGGCCUAGUAGAAUAGGUGGAAAAUUAUCUUCCAAUACAUUGAACAAAAGUGUGGAUCUGGGCAAUAAGAUCAUUAAAAGUUUAUCUACACCAGUUCCAGGAAUGUCUUCACUAAAGAGAAUGCCAAUGUCUGAUAGUUUGGGUAAACCUCUACAGAAAUCUGUUAGUGAUACUGCAAGGUUGUUACCACUUGAGGAAAUUGGUCAAGUAGGGUCUGAGGCAAAUUCAAUUGAUGGUAAGUCUCUGCUGGUAACUGGACCUGCUAGGCUCCUUUCUGUAAGUUCAUUGGAUAAAAUGACAUUAGCAACACAGGGAGUCAAAUCCCAGUCUUUGUCUGCUCCUGGAUCACGACCCCAGUCACCAAGUAGGACCUCUGUUUCUAGGGGUGUCAGUCCCUCUCGGGCAAGACCUUCCACUCCACCUGCAAGGGGAGUCAGUCCAACUCCAAGGGGAGUCAGUCCAUCACGGAUGAGGACAUCCUAUUCAUCUAGUCAAUCCCAUAGUUCAACUUCAGUUCUCAGUUUUAUCGCAGAUUUUAAGAAGGGAAGAAAAAGUGCAAGCUACAUAGAGGAUGCUCAUCAACUACGGCUUCUUUACAAUCGUUAUUUGCAGUGGCGAUUUGCUAAUGCCCGGGCAGAAGCUGUACUGUAUAUUCAGAAAGUUACUGUGGAGGAAACUUUGUACAAUGUUUGGAAUGCUACUUUGAGUCUGUGGGAUGCCGUGAUCAAGAAAAAGAUCAAUCUCCAACAGUUGAAGUUAGAGCUCAAGCUGAACUCAGUUUUGAAUGAUCAAAUGGCAUACCUCAAUGAUUGGUCAUUACUUGAAAGAGAUCAUCUAAGUUCUUUAUCUGGAGCAGUAGAAGAUCUGGAGGCGAGCACUAUCCGUCUUCCUGUAACUGGAGGGGCAAGGGCUGACAUUGAAUCAUUGAAAGUUGCUAUUUGCUCUGCUGUUGACGUGAUUAAGGCUAUGGGAUCCUCCAUUUGUUCUUUACUCUCAAAGGUGGAAGGGAUAAACAAUUUGGUUUCUGAGCUUGCUGCGAUAGCUGCACAAGAGAAAAACAUGCUUGACCAUUGUGAAGCUCUGCUGGCUUCAACUGCAGCUAUGCAGUUAGAAGAGUACAGCCUAAGAUCUCAUAUCAUACAAACAAAACCACCUUUGGAGAGGGAUAAGCAGCCAAUUUUGGCAGCCAAAACAUUUCCAUGGCCCUGACCAGCGGGUAUGCUAACAAUCUGCCAAUUUAUCAUUUAAGUGAGAUAAAAUACAAAAUCUGCUCAGUUCCCAGUAAAUGUAAAUUGCCUUUUUUUUUUUUCCUUAACUUAAAUGGUAAUUUUUUCUUCUUUAAUUUUUUACCUAUUAAAAAAUGGAGCUACUGGCUCUGUUUCUUCUACGUGUAAUUUUUGUAUCACGCAUAUGAAAAGAAAAUGCAAAGGAAGCAAAGGAUUUGAAAUUCAAUGUAGAGGCAAAGUUUAAGAGAGAAAGAUGUACGCACAAAGAAAAAGUUUUAAGAUGGAAAAAAGAUGUAGAGCUAGUUUAGUUGUA